GCGCUUCCCAGAAGCCUCCGCGCUAGCGACGUCACCGGCGCCCUUCAGGGCUUGCGGAAGAUGGCGUCCGCUACUCGCAUUAUCCAGAAGCUACGGAACUGGGCUUCCGGGCAAGACCUGCAGGCGAAGCUGCAGCUGCGCUACCAGGAGAUCGCCAAGCGGACCCAGCCUCCUCCCAAGCUCCCCGUGGGCCCCAGCCACAAGCUGUCCAGCAAUUACUACUGCACGCGCGAUGGCCGUCGGGAAGCUGUGCCUCCCUCGGUCGUCAUGUCCGCACAGAAGGCGCUGGCAGCGGGCAAGACAGCAGACAGCUCAGCCGUGGCAGCCCCUGAGAAGAAGGCUGUGACUCCCGGUCCUCCCUUGAAGAAGUGGGAACUGUCUCAGGACCAGCCUUACCUGUGACUCCAUGUGCCGGGUCCCCUGACUGCUUUUCCUCUUUGGAUUUCCUCUGGGCACAAUGUAACCUAAUUUAUAACAAAUACACAGAACUCCAUACCACU